GGCGGCGCCGAGGAUGCUGCGGCUGCGCUGCAAGGCCCGGAGCGGCAGCCGCCCGCUGCCCGGGCUCAGCGCGCACUCGCGGCUCCGCGACAUGCAGGCCGCGCUGGCCGCCCUCACCGGCGUGCCCGUGCCGGCCCAGCGCCUCCUGCUCGGCUUCCCGCCGCGGAGCCUGGACCUCAGCGAUGGCGAGCGGCGGCUGGGCGACCUCGGCAUCCACUCGGGCGAUACCCUCAUCGUUGAGGAGGACACAUCCAAAGCCAAGACCGACUCGCCUGUAGUUGCGAAAAGAACCAUGUCCAGCUCGGUUUGGGAGGCUGUGCCUGUGCUGGCCAGGAGGGUCGUGCCAGCGGAUAACUCCUGUCUCUUCACCAGCGUGUACUACGUGGUGGAGGGAGGCGUUUACGACCCGGGCUGCGCUCCAGAGAUGCGCAGCCUCAUAGCCCAGAUAGUGGCGAGCGAUCCCGAGUCUUACUGUGAGGCAGUUCUAGGGAAAACAAACAGGGAGUAUUGCGACUGGAUCAGGAGAGAAGAGACUUGGGGAGGAGCCAUCGAAGUGUCCAUUCUGUCCAAGUUUUACCAGUGUGAAAUCUGCGUGGUGGACACUCAGACAGUCAGGAUCGACCGUUUCGGGGAGGACGCCGGUUACACCAAGCGGGUCCUUUUAAUCUACGAUGGGAUUCACUACGAUCCGCUGGAGCGCAAGGUCCCCGACUCGGACAUUCCUCCCCAGACCAUCUUCUCCACGACUGACGAUAUCGUCCUGGCGCAGGCGCUGGAGCUGGCGGAUGAAGCCAGGAGGAAGAGGCAGUUCACCGACGUGAACCACUUCACGCUGAGGUGCAUGGUGUGCCAGAAGGGACUGACGGGACAAGGGGAGGCCAGGGAGCACGCCAAGGAGACGGGACACACCAACUUUGGGGAGGUGUGAUAUCUGCAUGAGGAGGGUUGCAGCGACUACCUCACCGGCCCAGAGCGCGAGGCUGGGUUUCCAGAUAAGCUGUAUGUAAUCGUAGAAUUCCGUUCACAAAGCUUGGGAAGCAGCGUCACACCGCGACGGGCACACAGGUUUGCUCUGGGUAGGGACUUCUCCAAGGGAUUUGAAGUAGGUGUCUUCUCGCAUGCUGAUCUGUAGUACUUUGGCAGGUGGUACACACUGGCAGCUCAAACGUGAUUCCUGAAGUAAUCUUCUCCUUCUGUCUGUCCUCUGAGCAGACAUACAAAGCCAGGCUCGUUCAACACUAGCCUACAAUCUUGCCUCUAGUUUGUUACAUUAAUCUCUCUGUAUUAUGUUUUGGGGGUGGAGAAAUUAAUCCAAGGGUUUGGGAAACCCACCUUAUCAGCAUUACUUGUACUGAGAAUUAGACUCUUGCACACAGCAGCAGUUCUUGGAGAAGAAACUGCUCCUUUGGUGUACAGGUUUUGACGGAAAGAGUCUCUCCAAAGCUACCCUAUGCUAUGUUACCAUCAGAAGUAGACAGUAUUGUUUGUGUGACGUUAUGCCUUUAGAGAAAGAAAUGGCCUCUAAGCUUUAAGGUAGCCUUCUUUAAAUUAAUGAGUAGAUGGUUAAGUGUGGAAUAAUCUUAUUAAUCCUCUGUAGGUAGUUUUUAGUUGCUUGAAAAAUAACUAUCAACCCCCAGUGUUUACACUGCAUCAGGACAUAGGCAUGUUUCUUGAAAUACUUUGGAUUCUUCUUCCUAACAGCAUCUGGAAUGCUGGCAAGAGGGCGAUGAAAUGCAGGAGUUAAUUUGCAUCUGUUAAAUACAUUUAAGCAGGCUUUACUCAAGUCUAGCCAGUCUCCUGGCCACAGCAUUACUAAGCUCUACAAGACUCCAGAUACUGUAAAUUAGCACUUUAAGGUGAAGUUCUCACUCGUUGCCCGUAAGAAGUUUUGCCCUUUUUAAAAGGACAGAGUGCUAACCCAGAAGGGAGGUUUGAAGUUUCUUCAUCUGCAUUCUGCCUUAAGGUGUUUGAUUUGUCACCGAUGACUCUUCAGUAGCAAGACUUGAAUUCUGAUAAUGAAGGGUGCAGUUUAAUUAGUCAGAAUGAAAUAAGCUGCCCCACUUCUCAUGCUGUUCAGAACUGGGGAAGCUGAAGUUGGUUUAAUGUAUCUUACCUCACAGCAGGGUUGUGGGGCUUAACAGUAAGUGCUUUUGAGGUCUUUUAAAAGGUGCUGUAAAGGUGCAUAUUACUGAAAGGGAUGUUUUUCCUUUGAAAUGCCUGCAACACUUACUUGGUGGGUUGAAUUUGAAAACAUUCUUAGCCUGCUGUUGUGGUUGGAGUCACCUUCCUGGCACUUCCACCCGUGGAGAGCAAGAGCGUGCAUCUUCAGACGGAGGCAGAAGUAAACCCGCUUUCCAAGUGGAGCCUAAGAUCUGGUUUUAAAAGCUUCCAUUUGCUCAGGCACCUGGAUGAAGUGCUGUGGCAGCAAAAACUUCUUUCCUAUAAAAAGCACGUUUCCCUGAAGUCCUCAGCAGAGGCUCCCAGUUGAAAUACAGGAAGAACUUCUUGAAGAAGGAACAUAAUAAUUACUUAAGUGCUUUGCUGAAUUGAGGCAUGAAUAAUUAAGUAUGGAGAAUAGAAUCACCAAGAACACUAUGGACCAGCUUUCUUUUUCAUUCAGUAUUAAAAUACAUACUGGCACUGUUGGGAGUUUCCUAUAGAAAGCCACUUAGCUCCCAGUGUUAAACCCACUUGCUUUUAGCCUAUCAGUAGGAAAAAAACCCCACCAAGCUGUCAUGAAAACCGGCCCUCUAGAAGCUGAUGCUUAUAAACCUAAGGAAAUACCUGACAGUUCAAAGGAACUUGAAGAUUACACUGUGUUAUAACUACUUGAGACAAAAUAUUGCCUAGGAAUGAGACCAAGAGACUGUCCAUCCUCAGUUGUAUUCUCAGCUUUCCCACUGAAGUGGUGAGAUGCCUUGGACAAGGAGCUGAUCCUCACCCUUUGCCAUCUGUACAAUGGACAUAAUACCUACCUCAGAGAGGGGUACAAGGUGAUUGUCUUUGGGUGUCUUUGAAACAGAAGUGGAAGGCUCGUAUUUAUUGUCUGCCAUGUUUGCAACUGCAUUGACUUUGGGGAGCAACGCGUAGGCUUUAGCUUUGUAUGCUGGGUGGAUUUCUGAAAGUGUGUCAAAGGGAUUUUUACUCAGUUGCAGUAUUUUUAAAACUAGCUUUAUUUAAUCCAGAGUGUUUAGCUUUGCUAUAUCAUGUUUGCAUUGGAAAUCUGCUCACAGAGAAUCAGUUCCGUUGGAGGGAGAUGUGUCAAUAUCACUGCUUGUAUGUUUUCUUUUGUUGCCUAGAAAAUAAAACCUCUUUGGUUAAAGAAGA